AUGAUGAUAGGAGGUUCCCUGAAUUACGAGCUUCCACGUUUCGAUGGGAAGGAGAAUUUUAGUCUCUGGCAACUUCAGGUGAAAGAUCUUCUGUCAAAGCAGGGUAUGGAAAACGCGUUGUUGAAUCAAAAGCCAAGAUCAAUCACCGAGGAUGAUUGGGAUGAGAUGCAAGAUCAUGCACUUUCGACUAUUCGUCUCUGCCUUUCAGACGAUAUUACAAAACAGGUAGCUGAUCUCACAACUUCAGGACAGUUGUGGAAUAAGUUAGAAACAUUGUAUCUGUCCAAGUCACUAUCUACCAAGCUGUCUACCGAGAUGUAUCUGAGACAGAGGUUAUACGGACUGAAGAUAUAUGAUGCUUCGAAUCUGAUGGAGCACAUGGACACGUUCAAUCAAAUAGUCGGUGAUCUAACGUCUGUGGAUGUGAAAAUUGAGGACAAAAAUAAGGACAUGAUCUUGUCGUGUUCUUUGCCCCCUUUGUUAACAGCACUUUCGUGUAACAAAGAGACGAGUUCUGGAAACGAAGAUGGUAAGGGUGAGCGUUGGCUCGAAGUCAUCUCUUGGGAGCCUAGAGCUUUCCUUUACCACAAUUUCUUGACAAAUGAAGAAUGUGAGCACUUGAUUAACAUCUCGAAACCUAGGAUGGGGAGGUCAUUGGUGCGUGAUACGAUAACCGGAGGGAACAAAGAGAGCAGCGCACGGACGAGUUGGGGAGCAUUUUUUAGAAGAGGACAUGACAAAAUCGUGGAAGAGAUUGAGAAAAGGAUUUCAGAAUUCACCUUCAUUCCUGUAGAAAAUGGAGAAGGUCUUCAAGUUCUCCGUUAUGAAGUUGGGCAGAAAAUUGAUCCUCACUUUGAUGGAUAUGAAAGAAUUGCUACUGUCCUUAUGUACCUCUCGGACGUCGAGCAAGGCGGCGAAACAGUUUUCCCUUCCGCAAAAGGAAAGACUAUCUCUGUUUCACCAAAGAAGAGAGACGCUUUACUCUUCUGGAACAUUAAACCUGACGGGACUCAAGACCUUUCGACUGGUCGUCCAGUGAUCAGCGGAAACAAGUGGGCAUCAACUAAGUGGCUUCACGUUCACGAGUACAUCAAGCCUACUACAGCAAUAUUGCGACAUUGA